AUGUAUCCAAAGGGAAGCAGUAUACUCGCAGCGGAAACGGAAAUGGAAGCAAAGGCGGACAAGGCGGACCAAAGCUACCCCAAGGAGGUCAGAGAUGGCGAAGAGGAUGGACAGGUGUGCACCUGCAGACCCCCCGACUGUGGGUGUCCACAUUGCAUAGCACGCAGCGCUUUCAAGAGGUUGAAAAGCAGCCCCCGGACCUGCCGCGAUCUUCUCGAGGGAUUAACACCCAGAAACCUAAUCUUUUCCCUUACAAGCUUCACCACACCCAACUUCAUGCAGCCCGCCACAGCCGAAGAUUGCAGUCUGUGGAGACCCUGGGAUCCAAUGCCGGGAAGUGUGCGACUUAUAAGAAUCCGGAGGAGUAUUGCUAUAGCCUCGCAACUAUUUUUGGAACAAUUGAGAAAAAGCAAUCAGCCAAGCAGUCAAAUUAAGUAGUAAGAAAUUGGAAAUAGCAGGUGCUGUGGACAUUUGUGUGUUUCUGCACUGUGAAAAAAAAUCUGUCCUAAUGCUAAAUGAAUAUUUUUAAAAUUUGUAAUUCACAUUU